UGCGGGGCGUGGGGGCGGCGGCUUCGGAGGCCGAGGCGGUGGUGGUGGCCCUGGCUGAGACACCGGCACCUCGACUGGGGAAAGCGCUCGGCCGGGACCCCACAGAAGGCCCUAUGGAGGUGGCUGCGGGUGGAGGCUGCGGCGCGGCACCGCCGUUGCUGCUGAGCGAUAGCGAGCAGCAGUGCUACUCUGAGCUCUUUGCGCGCUGUGCGGGCGCUGCAAGCGGGGGCCCGGGACCUGGACCUCCCGAGGCUACUAGGGUCGCCCCCGGCACUGCCACUGCGGCCGCCGGUCCAGUGGCCGAUCUGUUCCGAGCGUCGCAGCUGCCACCGGAGACGUUGCACCAGAUCACAGAACUGUGUGGUGCAAAGCGGGUUGGUUAUUUUGGUCCAACCCAGUUUUACACGGCCCUGAAAUUGAUUGCUGCAGCACAGUCAGGCCUCCCUGUUCGGACGGAGAGUAUUAAAUGUGAACUGCCUCUGCCUCGCUUUGUGAUGUCAAAGAGUGAUGGUGAGAUACGGUUUGGGAACCCAGCUGAGCUGCACGGAAAGAAGGUUCAGAUUCCAUACUUAACCACCGAGAAAAAUUCCCUCAAAAGAAUGGACGAUGAGGAUAAACAGCAGGAAACACAGUCUCCCACGAUGUCACCCCUCGCCUCCCCUCCUUCUUCCCCGCCUCAUUAUCAGAGGGUGUCCUUGAGCCAUGGCUACAGCAAACUGCGGAUCGGCACAGAACAGAUGCAUUCAGGUCCUUAUGAAACUAGACAGCCCAUUGGCCAGCCUGAAGGAUCCUCAUCAGAGGCUCCAGUAUCCAAACCACUUCGUCGUCAGGCAUCUCUUAUUCGGUCCUUUUCAGUGGAGAGAGAACUGCAGGAUAACAACAGUAAUUACCCAGAUGAGCCCUGGAGGAUAACAGAAGAACAGCGGGAGUACUAUGUCAAUCAGUUUCGGUCCCUCCAGCCAGACCCGAGUUCCUUCAUUUCAGGGUCUGUGGCCAAGAACUUCUUCACCAAAUCAAAGCUCUCCAUCCCAGAACUCUCUUAUAUCUGGGAACUCAGUGAUGCUGACUGUGAUGGAGCCCUGACCUUGCCUGAGUUUUGUGCUGCAUUUCAUCUCAUUGUAGCACGGAAGAACGGCUACCCACUGCCAGAGGGCCUGCCUCCUACUCUGCAGCCAGAGUACUUGCAAGCAGCUUUCCCGAAAUCCAAGUGGGAGUGUGCAAUAUUUGAUUCUUAUUCUGAGUCAAUGCCAGCAAACCAACAACCCUGUGACUUGAAUCGGAUGGAGAAGACAUCUGUUAAAGACAUGGCUGACUUUCCUGUUCCUACUCAAGAUGUGACUACUGGUGAUGACAAACAAGCUUUGAAAAGUACUGUUAAUGAACCCUUACCAAAGGACGUGUCUGAGGAUACAGCAACUUCUAAGGACUGCAACAGUCUCAAGGCAAGACCAAGAUCCAGAUCUUACUCUAGCACCUCCAUAGAAGAGACCAUGAAAAGGGGUGAGGACCCUCCCACCCCGCCACCGCGGCCACAGAAAACCCAUUCCAGAGCCUCCUCUUUGGAUCUGAAUAAAGUCUUCCAGCAGCCCAGUGUGCCAGCUACUAACUCAGGAUUGUUACCCCCACCACCGGCACUUCCUCCAAGACCUUGUCCAACACAGUCUGAGCCAGUAUCUGAAGCUGACUUACACCCUCAACUGAACAGAGCUCCUUCUCAAGCUGCAGAAAGCAGUCCAGCAAAGAAGGAUGCACCACAUGGUCAACCUCCAUCAAAGCCUAUUCGCAGGAAAUUCAGACCUGAAAAUCAAACUACAGAAAACCAAGAGCCUGCUGCCGCUGCUGCUCCUCCUGCCGCUGCUCCUCCUCCUCCUGCUGCUGCUGCUGCUGCUGCUGUUGGAGGGGCAGCUUCUGCAGCAAUGGUGAAACCCCAUCCAACAGUACAAAAGCAGUCUUCCAAACAGAAGAAGGCAAUCCAGACUGCCAUCCGCAAAAAUAAAGAGGCCAAUGCAGUGCUGGCCCGCUUGAACAGUGAGCUUCAGCAGCAGCUGAAGGAGGUUCAUCAAGAACGGAUUGCAUUGGAAAACCAAUUGGAACAACUUCGUCCAGUCACAGUGUUGUGACAUCCUCAAGUCUUGAGUGACAGUGGAUGACCUUGUCUGCCAAGAUCUUUGUUUUGUUUGAGCCCAACCACUUGUCAUAGAUGUCUGAAUGUCAAAAGCUGUGAGCAGCACAAUAUAUUCUGUAUGAUUUUCUCUUUUUCACUACUCUUGUGUAUUUUACAGUGGUGGUAAAAAUGUCUUCAACUGAUUAUUGUACUUAAAAUCUUAAUUAUCAGCUACUUGGGAGGCUGAAGCAGGAGGGUCACAAGUUCAAGGCCAUCUUGAGAAGCUUAUUGAGACACCGUCUGAAAUAAAAUGUAAAAAGAGAGCUAAGGAUAUAGCUCAGUGGUAGAGUGCUUGCCUGAUAUGCAGAAAACCCCAAGUUUAAUCCUCAGUACCAUUUAAAAACUUCCCUUAUCAGUGGAAUUUAUCUUCCGUUUUAACCACUUUUAAAUAUUUCUCCUUAUUAAAAUUGGUCUUCUAUCA